AUCGUAAUAUUCUGUCCAUCUGAAAAAGUUACCUAUAUUUUAUUGUUUAUCACUUUUUUGUUAUUUUUGAACCUCGGAGAGAUAGAGGCGGGUGUGCAACUUUUGAUUAAUUCUGACAAAAUCUAUUUUCACUUUCGAGGUUUACAAUUAAGUAAGUAACCAAAUACAGUAAGUGUAAAAUACAGCGGUGCAAAAGCGUUAACAAGGAGAGAGGUGGAUUUUUCGAAGUGGAAUCAAGUGUUCAAUUUUGAAGUAGGUAUUUCAGUUGGACGGGACAUACAACAUCCACUUUGUGAAUUCUAGUCUUACUGUUGUGCCUUGUCAUGGACCAUGUGCUAUUCCUCACUGGGAAUCAAUUUAUCUUGUUAUGAAUGCAAAAAACUACAAAUAUCAUCAAACAAUAAGAUGUUUUCGAUCAGUGGACGUAGAAACCUCUAUACUAGUCGUCCUAUUACUGAGGAUAUCAACCGUGUUUGGAACUGCCACGUCUUUCGCUCAAAAACCGAUAGGAGAGUGCGUUAAUCAGAGCAAAAUUCUUCCAGAUGUUAUUGAUACGGUUCCACUUCAGCGACUUUUUAUUGAGUACGGUAAACAUCGCGUUGACUUCGGAACGUACCUCAGUCCAAUCACCGUUGAGUUCCCACCAACUAAUGUUGAAUGGCUCCCGACGCGACAUAAAUUUUACACUCUCAUUCUAACUGACCCAGAUUUUCCAACCCCAGAGAGUAAAACAAGAGAAGAGUGGCAGCAUUGGAUCGUGGGAAAUAUACCUCCGGAUGAUAUCAUAGACGGAAAACCCAUCGGAGGAAAUAUCUCGGCUGGACAAACACUCACAGAGUACUAUGGAGUGGUCUCAUUUCAAAGAUUUGGAACACCUCACCGUUACGUAUUCCUAGUGUACGAGCAUGAUCAUAAGGUGAAAUUUGAUGAGCCUUACUUAAAACAUGUCGCGGAUGAUUUUCUCCGUGGUGGAUUUUCAUCAAGAGAAUUCGCCAAAAAGUACAACCUUGGUGAACCACUAGCUGUGAACUACUUCUUCAACACAAGAGAGCCGCGAAAAUUGGAAGAUAACAAGUACAGGAUAGAUUCACAACCACAUGCAUUUUAUCAAGACGAGGAUGUGGACGAUAUCCAUGAAAUAUCGCUUACGACAUCGAGAAGUCAAAAUAAGGUUUAUCACAGAGAAGAUGGAGAGACACAUCAGUUACACCUCACAUCGCCCAAAUAUCAUGAUACAGCAUCCCAAAGGAAGAAUGUAGACGUGUUCGAGCUAGUCCUUACAACACCCAAGAACCGUGCUUGAAUAUUCAUAGAAAUUCCUGAAAUAUUUACGAGUAUAAGAACCUCAGACCAUUUGAAGCACUUCAUUUAAAAAGAAGGGACGAGUUUACCUCAUGUAAAUAGUGGGAGGAGUUAGUAUGCACUAAUUGUAAAUUCAUGUCGCUCAUUAAAAAUUGAAACUAAAUAUUUGUGGAAUUACCUUUAAGGAAUAAAGAGUGCUGUUGAUUUACAAGUAA